AUGCAGCCUCUGGCAUGUGCCCAGGCCAUCCCGCCGAUAUUGACUGGUCCGCAGGUCAUCUACACGCUCAUCUACGUGGUGCCAUUCUACCUGUCGUCCACGACGCGGCCCUCCAGGACGCUGUCGCGGGAUGCGCCGUCGGUCAUCCGGGCGCGCAUCACCUCCGUCUCUCUGACUUGCGUCGUCUGCUCCAACAUCACCGUCGUCAUCCUCACGUGGCAGGGCCAGGCCACAUAUGGAGAGGCAUUCCACACCAUGGGCUACUGGCCCGUCGGCCUGCCGGAGACGGGGAAGUGCCUUCUCCUCACCGCGAUCCUCUUCAGCGGCCCGUUGUACGAGACCCUGAUCGACCACAGGGCGUGGCGGGACUGGUUGAGCAUGCAGCCCAUGAAGGAGCUCUUCAGCGAAUGGACCAUGUUGCGUAAUAUCAUCGCCGGCCCGCUCACAGAAGAGGUGCUCUUCCGCUCGGCGUCGGUGCCGCUGAUGCUGGUGGCGCGGACGUCGGUAACGCGCACCAUCUUCCUCUCGCCCAUCAUCUUCGGGCUCGCGCACGUGCACCACUUCUACGAGUUCCGGCUCACGCACCCGCAGGUGCCCGCCGCGGCCGGCGUCGUGCGCUCGCUCGUGCAGUUCGCCUACACGUCGCUGUUCGGCGCCUACGCCACCUUCCUGUACCUGCGCUCCGGCAGCCUGCUGGCCAUCUUCGCCGUGCAUGCCUUCUGCAACGUCAUGGGCCUGCCGCGCUUCUGGGGCCGCGUCGAGCCCGCCCUUAGUGGUGACGACGUCUUCCGCAGUGGCGCCACUGAGAUCGACAGGAAGAUCAGGGCUGCUGCUGCCGCGGCCAGGACGCCGUCGGUCGCCUGGUCCGUCGUCUACUACGUCCUCCUCGUCGGGGGUGCCGUCGGCUGGUGGAGGAACCUGGGCGCGCUGACCGAGAGCGCUAAUGCCCUGGUCCCAAUCGACAUCUGA